AUGGAGGACAGCCAGUACCAGAUAGAUGAUGAAAAUCAACAGAACGCUGAAGGUUUGCCCAGCCGGGCCAAUCCCUUUUCUUUUACCAAUUUUGUCAAGAGUCAACAGUUCGUAGACGAAACUGUAUCGGAUAGCGACAGCAGUCAUUCAAAAAGUCAUAGCAUGACUAUCGCACAAGUGCUGGAAGAGGACCUUGCAGCUGAUGAAAAAGGUGAAGAAGUCAAUCCGUUUUCGUUUGAAGGCACAAAUAAAACAACAGAAAUGACGAAAAAGAAGCAAAAGAAUAAAUCCAAAAAAGCUAGUGGCAGUAAAUUAGAUAUAUUUUCUCAAGAUGAUGACGACGUGAUUAAGUUAAGGCUUGAAAAUUCAAACUUAAAGAAAAAGAUAGCGAAAAUUACAACCGAGAGAGAUGAAUCUAUUUCACAAGUAUCAAAAUUAAAAGAAAAUUUAAAACUUAUCAGAAUGAAAGAUGCUGAAGAGACUGCUGCUCUUGAACAAAAAAGAGCUACUCAUGCCGAAGCUGUUGUUGCUGAACUAAAAAAGGAAUUGAUUGAAGUUAAAGCAAAUAAUGCGAUCUUAAAACAACAACUACAUGGCAUGAUUUCUGCUAAAGAAAAUGUUCAAUUCGCUUCACAACAGCUGCAUCAAAUUGCGGAAAACGCUAAGGAAUCAGUGAAACUAUUCUGUGAAUGUGCAGUUUUGUUAGCAAAUUCCUUCAACAUCUUAAAAAAAAUUUGUUGGUUCUAUCAGCCAAUAUUACUAUUGAUUGGCGGCUGUGGUGAUGAAAUUUUGAAAUCUGCUGUAAAUGCCUAA